UAUUUGACCUUCACCAUGAUUAACAAGCACUUCCGUGAGAGUGUGUUGGUGCUGCUGACCUCUUCCACUAUCCUCUCCCUAGAACUGAAACUCGUUCUCUUCCAACAGAAAAGAGUGAACAGAGAAAGUUCAGAACUCUUGAAAAAAUGGCAACCCUCAUCCAUUCUUCAGUGUCUGCCACACAGGAAGGACUUCCUGCUCCCCCAGGAGGCUGGCAAUCCUCACCAGGACGAGAAAGGAUACGCACUGACCAUUCUACAUGAGAUGCUUCAGCAGAUCUUCAGCCUCUUUCAGGCAAAUACUUCUCUGGAAGGUUGGAAGGAGAGCCACAUGGAGAAGUUCCUCAUUGAGCUGCAUCAACAGCUAGAAUACCUAGAAACGCUCAUGGGACUGCAAACAGAUCAGAAAAGUAGCACUGUAGGUCGUGAGAAGCUUAGGUUGCAGGUUAAAAUGUACUUCCGAAGGAUCCGGGAUUACCUGGAAAACCAGGAACACAGCAGCUGUGCCUGGACCAUUGUCCAGGUGGAAGUCAACCGGUGUCUACUCUUUGUGUUCCCACUCACAGGAAAACUGAGCCAACAAGAAAUAGACCCUUGA